ACUCGACUAAUGAAUUUUUGUUCGAUUAGUAAGAAUGUCGUAUACGUUCCAUUCCAAGCAUCACUCCGCGUCAAUGAUCUAAAAAGCAGUCACACAUCAUCAAUUUGUUCCAGUUUCCAUAAAUGGAACGUCACUUGUUGUCUGUCACGAAUUAAUUGAUAAAUUUAUUAUUUUUUGAAGAAAUUAUAGUGUUCAUAGGAAAAAUAAUUAACAAACAGAAUCAUGGCCAGUGAAAGCAGUUCAGCAGUGCUGGAGCUAAACGAUGCAGAUGCCGAAGAUACAGAAGCUACCACGGUUACAGAUGAUACGCAUGAAGGGGUACCAUUGAUCAUGGAGCAUGGAUAUGACAUUGCUGUUAAGGUGGACGCUCCAAUGAAACAGUUGUCGACAUUAGAAACUUAUGUGACAUAUAGAGUGCGCUGUGUGUGCGGUCGGUGGGCCACACCGCCCUACGUCAGGCGGCGGUACAACCAUUUUAAGGUACUCCACCGGCGCCUGAGCGCGGCGCACCCCCUGCUGGCCCCGCCGCCGCUGCCCCCGCUACACUCCGCGCGACAACAGCUCGACAGAUACUCUCCGUCCUUCGUCGCUUUACGAACGUGCGCGCUUAACGUUUUCCUUGAUCGAGUAGCAAAGCACCCUAUUCUGACACAUAGUGAAGACUUCCGAAUAUUCUUGACCACACCUGAUGAUGAAUUGGAAAAGGUAUUUAAGAGUGAAAACAGCGCACUCAAUUUAUGGGGGUUCAGCAGUGCUCUCUACGGGUCCGGAGAAACGAAAACUACAAAUGGUCCGAGGGUAAAAGAUCCAGAAUUCACGUCGGCUGCGGAUUAUUUACAGUCCCUCCAACAGAAGCUGACCACCCUCUGUACCCUCACGACCAAGCUGCAUAAGAGUUCCGUCGCCCUCAGCACUGAGUACACUGCUAUGAAACGCGCCUGUGACGCUUGGACCUCACAAAGCUCGGGGCUCACAGCGCGCGGGACGGCGGGCUGCGCGGCCGGGGCGGGGCGCGCCGGGAACGCGGGGGCGGGGGCGCGCCCCCCUCUACAGUCGCGGGCAAUAUUACCCUUACUGGCUGCAUACGCGGCCGCACAUGUACAGAAAAUAACUCAAAGGGAUCAAAUACAUGCUGCAUACGUUGCAGGGACCAAUACUACAGAUGAUCUACAUAACAGGUUAGAACAAGCGUCGGAAGCUCUCCGCUCAGAACUGUCAGACUGGAUACCAAAAACUAGGUCGGAAAUCAAAGCCCUACUCCUAGAUUUAGCUGAUAGGCAAGUUAAUCAAUACACCCAAGCUGUCCACGGGUGGGAACAGGGUCUCAAGCUAGCAACAGAAACGAAUAUAGAUGAAAUUUUCAAAACCGUCUCAAAAACAGCUGUCCAAAAUCUAUCCCCAUCUAGAUGUCUAUCUGAAAUGACUCCGACGGAAACUGAGCGUGAUCUCGAUGACUACAGCGAAGAGUUUGAUCCGAACAGUCAUGAUGAUUUUGAAAAUCAUGUCUUGGAAGACGGAAGUCAAAAUGAUGAGAAAAUUAAUGAAGAAAACCAUGUCGAUGGUAAGCUUCAUGUUGAAAAUGCCGCUAAAAGUAAUGAUGAUGUUGUAAAUGACAUUUUAGAUGAUAGUAAAGAAGCUGAAGUUUGUAAGGCUUUGGAUUCAAGAACUGAUGGUAUCACGGAUCCUUUGAGAGAUUUCAUAGAUGUUGAUCUAUCAUGAUUUUACGAUUCCAUUUUUUAUGGUCUACUUAAAGAUUUUUAGUGAAGGGACUGGAAGAGAUGUACGUAGGUAGGAAGAAAUUAUAGGGGUACCCCAAGGUUUUGUUCUUGGACCAACUUGAUUUUUCAAAUGUUUUGGUGCAUUUUUUGUGAUGUGUUGAGGUUGAUUGUAUUUAAGUGAAUGUUGAAUGAGAAAUUUGUGUUUGCAAUAAUCAUGGUGUUAUCUAGUUCGGACAUAUUAACCAAAAUAUGUAUUUUUUUGUCAUAAUGAUUAAAUGAGUGGACUUUGGGAUUAGGACAUCCCACUCUUUCAUACAACAGUGCCUAAAUUCACCAGUCCCUAUUUUCUAAAAAUGUCUGUAACUAAUUAAAGUAUUACCAAGUUUUUUUUAAAUUUACCAAAUUGUAUGAAGGAGUCAGAAGCAUCAUAUUUAAGUAAGAAAAUAAAUAUCAUUGAGUACAGAGACAGCAACUUUUGUUUAGCUAGAGUCGAAAAAUUGUAACAAAAGCUUCACUGAAAACCAGAAACCUAUGCAAGUGUGGGAGAGCCACGGUCUUCGGUACGAAUUGGCAAGCUCAACUGGAGUGAUACCAUAGCCUCACAGAAAACUGGGAUGAAACAACCACAGCGUGUAAGUUAGAUUCCCGGAGGCCCAAUCCUUUCCUAGAAAGAAAGAAAGGCAACGCAAUACAACAAACGUUCACAGGAAACCGGCGUGAAACAAACACUUGUGAGUGAAGUUACUGAAGGCUCGAUCCUACUCUUUUUUUUUUUUACUUGCUAUAAACCAGUGCUUGACUGCGAUCCCUCCUAAUGUUAAGCAGUGAUGCAAUCGUUGGUGGUAAGGCGCACUAGUUUAUUAAGAGCCUAUUCACUCUAGCCUUGAAGACACCUAAGUUGUAUUCGGACGGAAAGACUGCAGCCGGCAAACUGUUCCAAUCCCUCGAUGUACGCGGUAUAAAUGACGAGGCAAAACGCUUAGUCCGGGCCGCAGGUGUCUCAACAACGUAGAGGUGGAUAUUAGCCGUACGCCGGGAUGUCCGAAGGUGAAAUUGGGAUGGCGGAAUGAAAUCGUGCAUUUCCUGGGCACACUCUCCAAAAUGCAUCCUGUAGAAAACCGCAAGGCUGGCUACUCUGCGCCUGUGCUCGAGACUUUGAAUAUUGGACCCAACCAAUCCUCAAAUACCUAGUAAUAACCCACAAGAGGCCGACUACGCACUUGUAGUAACUCCUUUUGUAUUACGGGUGUCCAUGGGCGGUGCUGAUUGCUUACCAUCAGGUAAUCCGUGUGCUCGUUUGCCGACCUUAAACAUAAAAAAAAAAACUAUUUAUUUUGGUGUAAAAAUAUCUUCCGUGUCUGUUCUUAGUCUUUAUUUAUUUUCUUACAUACACAAUGCGUAUAAUUGUAAUAUACAGGAACUACAUUAUUUAAUUUUCGUACAAUAACUGUGAAACGGGGUACAUAGAAAUCGAGGGGUAAAUAGAAUUAGAAAAGGGGUAAUAAUACUAACUAGCCAAAGACUGUUUCGGGACUGUUAAUACAGCGCUAUGUUUCGCCGUGUGAGUGAGGUUAUCGGAGACCCAAUCCCUUCCCCUCCCCUAUCCCUUCCCAAUCCUUAUAUCCGCAAUCCUUAUCUCCAAAUUGCCGGCAACGCAAUCGUAACUCCUUUGGUGUUGCUUACCAUCAGGUAAUCCGUGUGCUUGUUUGCC